AUGCAUCGGCCUGGGGGGGGGGGGGGGGGGGGGGGGGGGGGGGGGGGGGGGGGGGAAACAACGGGGGGGGGGGGGGGGGGGGGGGGGGGGGGGGGGGGGGGGGGGGGGGGGGGGGGGGGGGGGGGGGGGGGGGGGGGGGGGGGGGGGGGGGGGGGGAGGGGGGGGGGGGGGGGGGGGGGGGGGGGGGGGGGGGGGGGGGGGGGGGGGGGGGGGGGGGGGGGGGGGGGGGGGGGGGGGGGGGGGGGGGGGGGGGGGGGGGGGGGGGGGGGGGGGGGGGGGGGGGGGGGGGGGGGGGAUACAAGGGGGGGGGGGGGGGGGGGGGGGGGGGGGGGGGGGGGGGGGGGGGGGGGGGGGGGGGGGGGGGGGGGGGGGGGGGGGGUUGGUGGGGGGGGGGGGGGGGGGGGGGGGGGGGGGGGGGGGGGGGGGGGGGGGGGGGGGGGGGGUAAAAGGGGGGGGGGGGGGGGGGGGGGGGGACAAGCAUCGGCCUGCCUAUCCCCAAUUUUUCCGGCUCCAGUCGAAGGUUCCUGCUGA